UCAUUCCAGUCCACCACCGCCCAUCGAGCUUUCCCCAUUCCAUCGCCGCCGCCGCCGCGCUUGCCAUCUCCACCCUCCACUGCGGCGCCAUGCUCCGGCUCCGUCGCAGCCUCCUCUCCCAGAUCCUCUCUUCUCCCUUUGCCUCUCCCAUCUCCCACCUCAGCCGCCUCAUCUCCGCCGCCGCGCCCGCCGUCUCCCGGAACCCUAGAUUCGCCGUGGAGGAGUACCUCGUCUCCACCUGCGGCCUCACCCGACCCCAGGCCCUCAAGGCCUCCCCCAAGCUCUCCCACCUCAAAUCCCCCACCAAGCCCGACGCCGUCCUUGCCUUCCUCGCCGGCCUCGGCCUCUCCCCCGCCGACGUCGCCGCCGUCGUCGCCAAGGACCCCAAGUUCCUCUGUGCCAGCGUGGAGAAAACCCUGGCCUCCGUCGUCGCUGGGCUCACCGGCCUCGGCCUCUCGCGUUCUCAGAUCGCGCGCCUCGUCUCACUCAUCGGUGUCACUUUCCGCUGUAGAUCCAUCAUCGCCGGGCUGCAGUACUGCUUGCCCCUCUUCGGCUCCUCCGAGAACCUCCUUCGAGCCCUACCUCUAGCGGGUGGCUCCGUUCUCGGGUCCGACCUGGAGCGGGUGGUCAAGCCCAAUGUCUCCUUCCUGCUCGAGUGCGGGCUAGGUGCUUGCGAUAUUGCCAAGCUCUACGCAUAUACUCCGUCACCGCUCAGCAUCAGCACGGAACGCAUCCGGACAGCAGUGGCAUGCGUCGAUAGUCUUGGUGUACACCGUGGAUCUCCGAUGUUCAGACAUGCACUACAAGCUGUUGCAUUCCUCAGCGAGGAGAAAAUCACCGCCAAAGUGGAGCACUUGAAGAAAGCGUUCAGGUGGUCGGAUGCCGAGGUGGGCAUUGCCGUUUCUAAGGCUCCAACGGUGCUGACGAGGUCCGAGGACUUGCUGCAGAGCAAAUCGGUUUUCCUUAUCUCCGAGGUGGGACUGGAACCAGCAUACAUUGCUCACCGACCGAUAAUGCUCACUUACAGUCUAGAGGGCCGGCUCAGGCCCCGGUACUACGUCGUCAGAUUUCUCAAGGAAAAUGGAUUGCUAGAUCACGACCGGGACUACUAUGCUGCAGUCAUGAUCAGCGAGAAGGUAUUCGUCGAGAAGUUCAUAUGCCCUCAUAAGGAUGCUGCACCGCAUCUCGCUGAAGAUUAUGCAACAGCUUGCAGAGGGGAGGUUCCAGCUAGAUGAACCAAGACUAAUAAGAAAAUUGGUAUGUUCAUUAUGUCAUUCGGUAGAGAAGAAAGCAUUGCACUUCUAUGAACUUGUCCUUCCUCGUGUUGUCGUAUUGCACACAUCUUGGAACUAGGAGAGUAUGAGAUCAGGGCAUUCUGCAAAUGCUUUGAAGUAUCAAUGAGUAGUAUUUCUGCACAUUCUCUGUUUGUAUGUUCUGAAAUGGCCAUUUCAGUUUUGAAUGCAACCCUCUAUCUAUCUUUCCAUGAAAGAAUGUUCUCAUUUUGGCCAUGAAGAUGAUAUGAAGUCUCAACCUUUCCUUUGCAUGAAAUUUUUGGACCCCUUUUUCCGUGGGAAACAAUUUUGGGUCUGUUGGUGGCCAGUUGGCUACAGUUUGCUGAUCACUGCCAAUGAUGCAGUUUUGAUCUAGUUUGUUGGUUGCUUGCUCUAGUUCAUCUAAGCUAAAUACCUUUUCCUUCGUGCAGUAAUUUUGUUUAUGAGAUAUUAACUAUUGUUGAAGACGGCCAUUAUUUACGAGUAGUUUGUAUCAGUUUAUUUAUUUAUUUGUCUCGUGUAUGGUCGAUUCUUUUCUUGGGCCAUCUGAUCUCGAAACUGGCUAGUUGAGUAGUAGGAUAGUAGCGUUUCUGUUGAUUGCCAAUUUGUAUACACUACGUAACAGAUAUUUCAAGUGCCCUGGUAUUCGUACCAGAGAAGCAAACCGAUGCUUGUAUGGUAUGGUGCUGAAAAGCAGAGGGCAAAGGAGAUGGUCGAUGCUAAUACCUGCGAAGAGAUGUGAUUUAAAGAUCAACUGUGUGUCCCUUCUCUGGUACUUGUUGAAAUUGUAGAAACAAGAUUAAUGAAAUCUAGGCGGGGGGAAUGGGUCGAAUGAUGAAGUGACUUACCACCAGGUGAAGAUGUGCUGAAACCGGAUGUAGAUGGUGCUUUUUUCUUCUUCCAGGAAACGAGACGAAACAUGGCGGCAAUGGCUUGGCUGUACUAUACAUUAUUCUGAAGGUUCUGUUAGUUUUGACACCCUGAAGCUUCAGCAACAAGUAUGGCCUGACAAUGCAUGAGUUUUAUUCAGGGAAGCUCCUACUUUUCUCUUUUUUGCAUCUUGCAAGUAAGUAAUCCUUCUAGUAUUGUACUAUAGCUUUGAAUAAACUAGCAGCAUCUGGUGCUUUAAUCAAUUUUCUACAUUUUGGUGCAUCUUCACUUGGAUGUAAACAAUCUGAACGAGUCACGCAUGCAUGUAAAAAGUAGGCGGUAUGUAAAUUUUGUACUCUGAAGUCUGAACUCUGAAUUCGAAUCAGAGCUGAACGUUAGCCAUGAAUCUUUCAAACUUCAUGUGUGAACUCUGAAACUUAUUAUACCCAAUUCAAGUCUGAAGCUAUAGUAAGCAUUUAGAAUCUUUCAGGAGCCAGGUUAACUCAAAUCUGAGCAGUAAGUUGCCAGCAGCUAAUAGGCUAAACUUUUAUUUACAAUUUCACUCCAGUCUCUUCAGAGCCACAACUAUUAUACUGAGAAAAGUAUCAACAUUUUCCAUUAUCAUAGCAGCAUAUGUGUGACAAGAGGUCUUAUGUUUUCAGAACGUUGGGACUGGGCUUAACUAAUUAUGAUGAGAAAUCACUUUCUAUCUUAUACAUCAGUGAUUAGAGGAUUUUGGUUCUCCUGUCGUUUUCAAUGUCCAAUUUAGUCUAUUAAAAUAGGCAUGUUUUCAUACAGGUUCACCAAAAGGGAAAUGUCAUUUUACAGUGUCAGCGGAUAAAACUGUUUUACAUUGAAGUGUAAAGCGUACAUUUAGUAUCUAAUGUAUUGAAGGCACGGUGAUGAAAUCCAAGUGGAGAUGCUAGUUGAUUAGCAUCAUUCUUAUUUCUGCAAUUCAUUUCUGCAACAUUUAUGCAUAUCCAUUUAGAGUAGAUAAAUAAACUUCACUAGUGAACUUACUGCAUGAAGGCAAUGUGCUGAAAGUUGAUAAUGAAAUACAGCUCCUGAAUUAAUCCCUAAGAUCAUUACAAUCAUCUCUAUGGAGCAGAGACGGAAAGACCACCGCGGCCAUGAGGACGACCAGGAGAGCAGCACCAACUGGAGGAUGAUGUAGUAUUGCUUCUGUUUCCAGAUCAAACUCAGCAAGGUUGUAUACCAACUGAACUUUUACACGAAGAGGAGAGCCUAAUGAUGAGAGAUUUAGGGGAUUGAACAGGACUAUAAAUUGAUGAGUCCAAAUAAACAGUGGCUGGGUUUGAACAUGGACAGGUAUGGUGCCACGUACGGGGAUUCAGCACAAGAUAGCCCAAACUACAACCACAUCAAAGUGCUCUUUCGUUCCUCUGGUCGUUGCUAGCUCCUGAUGAAACUGAUACUCUCCAUUCCUUGAUGGCACGGUUUUGAAAUUUUCCAUCCUCAUGUCAUGUUGACACCACAUGUUGGAAUAGAGAUAUUACGAGAUCAGGCGAAUCUUCGAUGCACUAAAAAUGCUAUUUAGUAGGUGGUUCCUUGCAAGAAGAUUUCAGUAUUUUUCACUAGGCGCAUUGUGAAGUUAUCAUUUCUCAGCUGUCCCAGCAAAUGAGAAAAGUGGUGUAGCUUUCCUCAUCAAUAUCAAGAAAUCAAUAGACAAUCGUUUCCUGUCUAGUAGAUAAUUAGAGGCAACUUGGGAUGGCACCGGCUGGGGGCUCUUCACUCUGAAGGAGGGCCAGCAAAGUUUGAGCUGAAAAGAAAUCUCUCCCUACUUGGGAAAGGAAGAUGGCGACUGUUGGACACUUUGGGGGAUCCAGAAGGCCAGAAAAUAUGGCAUGUUUCGAGCUGCGAUCCCAGCUCACUGGUCUCUCAUAUGGCAUGCAGAGGUAACGGAG